AUGGGACCGACGGAGGCACCCUCCUCACCCGCGUUUCCGAACCUGGACCCGAUCAUCAUGGACGAUGAAAUGGAGGCCACCUUUAACCAUGCCGACAUGGACUUCCUCGAUCCUGCCAAACUCAACAUGCCCUCAGAUACUGCCGGAGGAGAUUUUGACGAUCUAUUCGCUCGGCCCCUCAUGGGAGCCGACUCACCAGCCGAAUCCCCUGACAACUCGAGCCACAGCUCCUCUUCGGAGUCUCCUAGUAAUCACCUGCGACAGGCGUCGAUCGCCUCGACGAAUUCUGUCGCCCACAGCGAUCACCCAUUUAUCUCCGCCGGGUUCUCGACGGAGGAUUGGAUGCACCCUGAACUGUCCUCCGUGAAAGAAGAGUCACCAUUUACGAUUGAGCCUUCAUACCCUAUGGACGGCUAUUCUAUGGGUCAAGGCCCCGACCUGGAGUCGAGUAAUAAGGCAAUGGAUGCGGCCUUUGAUUUCGAAAGCGCUGCUAGCAGCCCAAGUCCGCUCAAGGUUGAGAAUUCGAACCACCCUGACCCGAGCACACCGAAUGGAACCAAAAUGAACGUAUGGAGCCCUUCAACGGUUCAGGCGCCACCGGCUUCGCAAUCGAAUGAGGACACUGAUACAUCGAUUCCCGCCGCUGGAUCCCCGUUCUUUUCGUUUGGUCUCCCUGAGCAGCAGUCGCCAUUUCCUACGAAAUUUCGCAACGGAAAGGGAAAACUGCCUACUUCCCAUUGGGGGGCAUCCUAUGGCUCGUCUACUGCUCAACCACAAACGGAUAAUACACCUUCGGUCAAGCCUAUUCUCACAGUCCACCCAACGUCUCUCAAAUCUCGCGUCGAGACCCAAAUACCUAUCCGCCUCACCCUCUCCCCCUUACCAGAAGGCGUGGAGAAGCUACGCCUUCCGUCUCACACCAUCUCGAAACUUAAAUUCAUCGCCUCCCCUUCUACUGAACCUACACCCGACACCCUACAGUUGUACACAAGCCUUGUGUGUACAAGUGCCAUGCAAGACCGAGAAAAGUUAAAACGAGCUUUUGCGCGCACUGCAGGGGAUAGGUCCCUGGAGAAUGACCGUCCAUUAGAUGGUGGUGACGUUCAGAUUUGCGCCGGUUGUAUACAGCGUGAGCGAAAACGUGCUUCACGAAAGAAGCAGCGCAAACCUGAAGAAGAUGAACUGUUCCAGAAAGAUGAGGAGAAGAGGGUCAUUGUCUUCAAUACAAGCGAGAUCAAGGAAUGGGUUGAGCCUUCGAAGAAUAGCUCGACCAACUACAACGACUCAUCAAGUCUCCCCCCCUGGCUCAAGGCAGGUGGAGCUUCCAAUGCGAAUUGCUUGCUAUUGUCGCCAUCAAAACGAAAAGAUCGGGUUUCAGACACAAGCUCCCCCAGCUCCUGUACCCACCGGGCCUUCGCCGUCUAUACCAGACGGUACCCAGGUUCCCGGGCAGGAGUCUUUUCCUCCGGUUCAAACCUUGACAAGAAUGCGAAUGGUGCUUUCGCAACACCACAGUCACCAACGGAUCUGCAGGGCCUUCAGCAAAGAUUCAAUUCGCAGUAUCAGCUGACUCCUAGUUCAUUCGCUGCAGCCGCUAAUGGCCUCUCUUCGAAUUCGCAGACUCCUCGUACUCUUUCGCGGCAGGCAUCUCCAACUGAUUUCUCUGGCCCACAAAGCAAACGAAGGAAGCAUAGCAGCUCUGCACGGUUACCAUCUGAGUUGACAAUGACCCGAAUGGAGUCUCCCCAGUCAUCGAACUCAGCAAUGCACAAUGCAGCACAGCUUGUGGCAGCUAGAGGGUUCGCUUCACCUUCAGAACGCCCGUUUGUGACACCUUCGGCCAUGUCUGGACAAUACGGAAACGGACCACCUACUCCCAACCAAAGCAACGAUAACAACCCAUUCUUUAACCCCACUCCCGCUCAGCGACAAAGUUUGGAUAGUUUGGCUCAGCAGCCUCUUACCUCCGCACCAAACUCUGCUCACCCCAGUCGUCCUGGGACGCCGGGCAACUCGGGGCGGAACGGCUUUUCUGACCAGAAUCUUGCCUUACUUGGCGCUAAUACUGCGGGUCAGAUAUGGCCUCCCCUAGCUUCUACGCCCACUCGUCUUCCUUCUGUGAUCCAUAAGUUGGUUCCGGCGGAAGGUUCGAUCACCGGAGGGACAGAAGUUACGUUGUUGGGCAGUGGCUUUUAUCCUGGAAUGGAGGUUGUUUUUGGGGAUACACUUGCGACAACCACAACCUUUUGGGGCGAUAAAUGCUUGAAUUGUCUGACGCCCCCUGCGCUCCAGCCAGGGCUAGUAUCAGUCAUGUUCAAGCACGAGCACCCCACAUUUGGUCAGAUUCAGCAACCGCAACCUUUGAUGCCAAAGCAACAGCUAUUCUUCCGAUAUGUUGAUGACCGCGAGCUUCAGAUGUACCGCUUGGCGCUGAACAUUCUUGGUCAAAAAUUGGGAAGCCAAGCAGAUGCAUUCCAGACCGCUCAACAGAUCAUGGGUAGCGAUCCAAAUUCCGUUUUCAGCAUGCAACAAGAUAUGCAAGGUGGCUCUUCAGGAGGGCACCAACGUCAAGUGCCUGGGCUGGAAUCUCAAGGUAAACUCAGUGAUCUUGACUCCAAGAUGUUGACCUACCUUGAGUUUAUCGAUCUGGACGAUAGUCCCCGACCACCGCGAUUCAAUUCUCGUAGUGCUACUGGACAGAGUCUGCUUCAUUUUGCAGCUUCUUUGGGCCUGACUCGCUUCGUUGCUGGUCUCUUGGCUCGUGGUGCCAACCCGGAUGUGCAGGACAAUACUGGCAAUGCGCCGAUGCACCUGGCUGCACUUCACGGCCAUGCUCACAUUGUCAACCGACUUCGCUUGGCUGGUGCCACUCCCAGCAUACGCAGUAUUCGUGGCUUCACUCCUGCGGACCUCGCCACAACUCUCCCCGCACAUCAAGCUGCUCUACUUCCUUCUCGCCAUUACCGAUCUCGUAGCGUUGGCUCUCUUUCCUCACGUCGCAGACACAGCAGUUCUGCCUCUCUCAACUCGCUUUGGGAGGCCUCGUCAGCUUCGGGAUCUCUGGAUCACGCAGUUGAUGACUCCGAAGAACUUGUUGGUAGCGAAGAGCUGGACAGCGAUGAAUCGGAUGAGAAUGCACUUCAGAUGAGUCUUUCACGUCGGUCAAGUAUGCAUCGCGAUGUUGCUCCACCGAUCGCGGAAACAGAACCAGGCACGAACUCCGGAAAUGGACCUGGGUUCUCCCCACCAGCAGCUAUCGUGGCAUGGCGCAACCAGCUUGCUGCGCAGAUCAACCAAUUCCAGCAAAGUGUGGCAAAUGCAUUCCCGAACAUUCCUGCCCUGCCGCCCAUGCCUGCAAUGCCUGCGAUGCCGGACUACCAAGCCAACGAUAUGAUGCGACGAAUAACAAAUCUAGUGCCACAACGGCCUGCGGUUGGAGACGGAUGGUGGGAUUACCUGAAGGGCAACACUACUUCAACCCACAACCAGCCACCCUCAUACGAUGAACUCUAUCCGCACCAGCACGAACGGGAGGCUGAAGCUGAGAUCAAGAAGAGUGCUCUUCUGCGUGCCGCUACAGAGGCGGCUCUGGAUCAGCACUUCGAGGCGCAAACCGCCGUCUCUGCAUCUGCAUCUGCAUCCACAUCUACAUCCACAUCCACCGCUCCUGUGGCCAUUGAACAUGCGCCGUCGAACAAGGUUGAUCUCCAGGACAUCACUAUUGGACGCAAGGUUAUUUCACGCGAGCAGCAAAAACACCUCCGAGAACAUCAAGCACGACGCAUGAAGGGGCUGGGAAGUGACCGGAAUUUGUAUUUCUUCUGGAUUCCUCUUCUGAUUUUGGUUAUCUGUGCUUGGGUUCGGAACUAUCUUCCUGGGCUUUGGCAAGGCGUCACGGACAGCUUUGAUUUUUUGAAGGCUCGCCACACACAGCGGGCUGUGGAAACGGUUAUAUAG